UUACAAUUAUCAUUUCAUUACAGCUGACUCUCAAGGAAAAUGCAUUGUCUGUAAGAAGGAGUGCCAGUUUAUGCAGUUAUCAUCCAAGAUGAAACCUGAUGCUGAGGUGUUCUUUUUAGAACCAGGGGAAUUACUUAAGAGACAAUUUACCCAACUCAAUCGGUUGCUAGAUUUUCAGAAAGAACAUCGUACGCGACUUGUUUCCUUUCAUCGAAGAAUUUUACAGAAAUACAAAGAUUUACAAAAGCAGCAUGCAGCAGUUACAAGCCGCAUUCAAGAACUAGAUAAGAAAUAUUCAGCUGCUUCAAACAGAAUACAAGAUCUAGAAGCGGAGAACAGUAAACUACGCAACAUGAUUAAUAACCAACUCGGUAUAAGUGGUGGUGGUGGCUUACCAUCCAGCAGCUAUUCAUCUCCAACUCCUGACAAUUAUGCUGGAUUCACUCAUAAAAGUCCUUCUCAGAUUCAAGGUCUUUCAUCAAAAGAUGGUACAAGAAUCAGCCCAGGAAGACUAACACUUGUUAAAACAGGUCAGGGAAGCAGGAGUGUUCAAAGUCCAGUGAAUAUGAAGGCCUCUCAGUCGGGUGUUAAUUGCACACUAGGUCAAACCAGGACGUCUGGUAACCUAAUUCAUACUACACAAGGGACUUACUUUACACCCCCACAGGUUCAGUCUCAUACUGGCUAUGCUUCUCAACAGUGUUCUCCUGCACCACCAGGAGUUGGUUGUUUUCGAAGCAGUAGCGUCGGUCCAACACCUACCCCUUCCCCAACAGGAGCUGUUGCAAAUUCUGUUGGUAGGAUGUCACUCGCGCCAUAUAAGCAGUGCCAGUAUCCAUCUUACAUAUCUCCUCCUUACCAUGGAAAUCAUUCAGAUCUUCGGUCAGCACCCCAGUCUAGGCCAAUGAAACAUCCUGGCUCUUCCUUUGGGUCUCCUUCUAGUAAAAUGCAGAUAAUUGGGCAUCAUAAUAUGUACAAUAAAUUCUUAUGAAGAGUAUUUAAGGCAUUGGUUGAAAUUAGAAGUGAGCAUUCAUUCAAUGAAUACAAUACAAAGAAUACUUUAUAUAUCAAGGCUCCAAGACCAUUGGCCUCCAGUAUCUAGGACCAUGUUUUCAGCUGUCAGUGUUUUUUAAUAUUACAGGCAAGUUAUUGUUUUGAAAAAAAUAGAAGCCUGUUUGAUCUUUAAUAUGUGAAAAAAAAGCUAUUUUUUUGCCCUCUUAAGAUUAUAGUAUACGGGAUUGCAUUGCAUUAAGUAGAGGGUUGCACAUCGUAUAUUGUAGUGGUAAAGAUGAAAGUAUGAAUGAUCGAGUUAUUUUAUACUAUAGUAAUUUAUCUGCAUGAAAUACAGUUGCAAAAACAAGGAAAUUUCUGUUGAAAUAAUGAAUUAUACCCGUAUAAAUGUCAUUGUAGUACGUAACUUUUUUUUUCUAAUCCAUAUUAUGUCAGAUCCAUGUGUACUUUCCAUCACUAUUAAUUUAUACCUAGGAACUAAUUUUUGAAAAUGUUGCAAAUGAAGUAGGUAUUGUUUUGGGUUAUAUUAAGAAUCCUUCAAGUUAAUUAGGUCACUCGCCAUAGUAUUUUGGAAAUUACAUAUGGAAAGUGUUUGAUAACCUGUUUGUGUUUAUAUACCGUAGUACUGUACUAUAUUUAAAAGUAGAUCCUUUUCAAAAUGAGCUAUGGAUCUGUUUGUGGAAAUUGUAUCGUUAGGGAUGGUAUAUGAGAAGUAUGAAUAUCCUUAUCAUAUUUACUUACUUUGAAAACAACUUGCAACCUGAUAUUUUUUAUUGUUGACUUGCUCUUGCUUAGAUUUUAAUUUCUUCAUUCUUAUGUGUGGAACUUGUUUUUGGAAAUUUUCUUUUAAUGCAAUUUUAUCCUGGUCUACACUUGAUUGGACAUUUUUAGAGAUCUACUUGAACCUUAUUUAGGAGCAAUUGUAACAUUUUAAUUGUUGGACACUUGAAAAUAGACUGAAAAACUUGAAGCAUUUCACAUUUCAAAAAUUUAUAUUGUAUAGAAUGGAGACUUGUUAUUCAGUAGUUUAACCAGACCACUGAGUCAUAGAACAAUGUUAGUAGGGCUGUAAACAAAAAUAUUAAUUACAAAGAUGAAAAGAUUGGCUUUUCUCCACUGUUGCCCAUAAUGCAUAAAGGAAUCAUAUUCAGCAAGAUGAAUUUUUCAUGUUUUCAGUCAUGCAGAGAUCACACUCAGUAUAUUUGAGUAGUAUAUUUACAUCAAUUAUUUUGAAGAUGAGCAUGGUGGGCUAAUCCAAUUUUCAUCUCUUUAGCUCUAAAUCACUUUAUGCCCAAGAGUUACCAUCCUUUGUUUAAACGUUGACAUCCAGGAGAACAGCUGAAGAAAGUUUACCAUCUCAUUAUUAGUGUGACCUUGGGAUGUGUCGAUCGAUAUUGGUGCCAUAUCCUCUUCAUGUGCAGUUGAUACAUGAUGAGGAAAUCGCAUCAUUGUAAGUUCUUUACUGUUCGGAAUUAUAAACACCAUACGUACUAAA